AUGGUUUGCCCUCUCCCUCCAGCUAUAGAAGCUGUGAUCCCCUCUCCCCCACUAGAGAUUGUGCCACCCCCUCCAGAUAUCUUUCCUACGAGCCCAAUGUAUUCAACUAUUCAAAUUUCUGUCAAUGAUAAAAGGGCGAAAGAGAUAGCGUCACAUAGUAUCAAACAGGAUCUUCAUGAUAAGACACUGGAGUGGGAAAAAAGGAUAUGGAUUUCACUUCCAGACAUUGAAGAACACAAGAAUCACAUUGUAGGAGAGGAAAGUUCAUUUCAUGUUUUUAGUAAUCUACAGUUUUUCUUUAUAGUGACCUGGAACAGCUAUAAAAAUAUACUUCACUGCUUUAUAUUUUGGUUUAUUCAGAUUGGAGGUGUUCUACAGCCGGUGGAUGAGAGCAUACGCCUAAAGAUAAGAGAACUAGUAUCAGAUGGUGUAACAUCAGUCCAAGAAACCAAACGACAUUUAGAUAUAUUUGUUGCAAAAGACCUGUUUCUCAACAAAAUUAAACCCCCAAAACACCAACCGCAGAUUUUACCCACACAUCAGUGACAUAAGGAACCAUAUGUAUUGAGCUACAAUGGAGUUAAGACAUUCCAAAAUCGAUCAAGAUGACUUGGAGCAAAGAUACAGAUUUGGAAAGAUCAAAAUCCAGAUGAUCAUUACUUUUUUAGACCCUGUGUGGGCAGUUAUACUUCACAAUUUGAGCAAACCAAUGUUGAAGUUAACAAUAUCUUUGAUGACAUUGCUGCUAAAAAUAAUGAUCAUAGCAACAAUUU